AUGACGCAAGAAAGCGUAAAGGUCGUGGUGCGCUGCAGGCCGAUGAAUGCCAAGGAGCGAGAACAGAAAUGCCAGAACGUGGUGCGCAUCGACUGCGCGGCCGGCCAGUGCACGCUGACGAACCCGGCUGACCGGUCGGCGCCGGCCAAGACUUUCUGCUUCGAUGGGGCGUACGACUCCAACUCGACCACCGAGCAGAUAUACGACGACAUCGUCUACCCCAUCGUCGAGAGCGUGAGCGAGGGCUACAACGGCACCGUGUUCGCGUACGGCCAGACGGGCUGCGGCAAGUCGUUCUCGAUGCAAGGCGCGCCGCGGGCGCCCCAGCAGAAGGGCAUCAUCCCGCGCUCGUUCGAACACGUGUUCGAGGCCAUCGCCGCGGCCGACUCGUCCAAGUACCUGGUCCACGCGUCCUACCUCGAGAUCUACAACGAGGACGUGCGAGACCUGCUGGCCGAGGACACGCGCAAGAGGCUCGACCUCAAGGAGCAUCCCGACAAGGGCGUCUACGUGCCCGGCCUUUCCCUGGUGCCGGUGCACGACGUGUCCUCGUGCGAGUCGGUGAUGGAGCGCGGCUGGCGCAACCGCUCGGUGGGCGCGACGCUCAUGAACGCCGACUCGUCGCGGAGCCACUCCAUCUUCACCAUUCACCUGGAACAGAUGGAGCUCAACGCGCGCAACAGCAUACGCACGGGCAAGCUCAACCUCGUCGACCUGGCCGGCAGCGAGCGACAGGCCAAGACAGGCGCCAGCGGUGAGCGCCUGCGGGAGGCGACCAAGAUCAACCUGUCGCUCUCGGCGCUGGGCAACGUCAUUUCGGCGCUGGUGGACGGCCGCAGCAAGCACAUCCCGUACCGGGACUCCAAGCUGACGCGGCUCCUGCAGGACUCCCUGGGCGGCAACACGCGCACCCUGAUGCUGGCCUGCAUCUCGCCGGCCGACGUCAACUACGACGAGACGCUGAGCACGCUGAGGUACGCCAGCCGCGCCAAGAACAUCCAGAACCGGCCGUGCGUCAACGAGGACCCCAAGGACGCGCUGCUGCGCGAGUACCGCCAGGAGCUGGAGCGGCUCAAGCAGCUGCUCUCCGGGGGAUCGUUCAUGGCCACGCCGGCGGCGUCGUCUGCGACGCCCGAAGAACGACCAGACAGUAACAGCGAAGUGGUGAACCAGCUAAAGAACGACUACGAGGCCCAGAUGACCGAGCUGCGCAACAAGUACCGCGAGGAGCAGGAGAGCCGUGCCAAGCUGAUGAUGGACGUGGAGAAGAUGCGGAGCCUGUUUCAGAUGCAAAUGCAGAAGGUCGAGCAGAAGCACAGAGACGAGGAGAUAUCAGAGAGAAAGGGAGAUGGUGUGAUCACGGAUCAAGCGAGCCUGGUCCAGAUGCAAGCGAGGGCUCUGGAAAGGUUGCGCGAGUUGCAAGGCAGGAUGCUGGGCGGCGAGAAGAAACACGACGCCGAGCUGAAGGCGAAACGCGCCAAGAGAAAAAGCAUGGCCGAGAAGAGGAUUCGUGCGUUGGCAGAGGCUUUGGCCAAAGUGGACGAUGAAGAGCGCACAUUGCUGCCUGAUUACGACGACAUCAACGAGGAGCUCAAGGUCAAAUCCUCAUUGAUACGAAAGGCGAAACGAAAGAUCCAGACGCUGGAGCAGGAGGUGCGCGACCUCCAGCGGGAGUUCGAGAGCGAGCGCACCGACUACCUGGAGACCGUCCGGCGACAGGACCAGCAGCUGCGGCUCCUCUCGCAGAUCCUGGACAAGGUGCAGCCGUGCAUCCGCCGAGACUCCAACUACGCCGACCUGGAGGCCGUCAAGGCACAGAGCGUGUGGGACCAGGACGCACAGCGCUGGAGGCUGCCCGAGUUCACCGUGCAGCAGACCAAAUUGCCACCCGCGGCCGGUAUGUGA